CUGGGAAGAAUGGUUCCUUUGUACUGAUUCUCCAAGCAAAACCAAAGCUAACAGGGCCAAGGCACCUUGCCAAAAGACACGAUCAGCAAAGAACGUCUCAGUCCAAGAAGGAACUGGGCGAAGAGCGAACCGUCGGAAAUCGCAGUGCUUCCCGGGCUGAGCAGAGCUGUCAUGUUUUGGUCGUGUUUCGGCGAUGCCGUCCUGCUCUCUCCGAUCCGGUUUUGUCCUCUCCAAGGUAUUUUAUCCUGAACUGAUUCUAGCACUCCCGAGCUCUUGUGGGUGGCUGUUUCCAUGGUCCAGAGAGCGCCGUGGCAAGGAACAGAGCCGUGACGUGGGAAAGCUCUAGGUGUAAACAGCAGAAAGAGGGAGCCCCGCAUGGAGCCAGCUGGUCUCCCGGAGCACCGAGGAAGCAAGGAGAGGGGUGCGAGCCAAGCAAGGGGGUGAAAGCAGGACGGGGAACCAUGGCAGGUAACGGGGGCUGCUUGGCUCUGUCGUGGCAGCUGGGUUGGGAGCACAGCUUUCUGCUCAAAUGGAAGGGGGAGCUUUCUGGCGAUGGGACGGGUCACGUGCUUGUUGUCGGACAUGGCAACGGUGUUCCUGAGCUUUCCUGUUGGAACUGCUCUGCAGGGCGGCUGUCCGUGCCGAGAAAACCCGGGAUGAGUGAUCUGAGCAGAGAGGCGUUGCUCUCGUGUUUGGAAAAGCGUGUCUGUCUGUAACAUCAAGCAUGUUUUUCCCCAUGCUAACGCUAUGCACGGUACUAAACGUUGACUUUCCUUUCUCUACACACAUCCUGUUCUGGCAUUUGAGAUUUCAGGCGGCACUUUCUGCAGAUUCGCAAGUAUCUCUUCGUGACCAGGAGGGCCAAAAGCAUGCUUCUCUGUUCUCAAAUAGAAACAGAUUUUCCUGAGAAAGCCUCACUCCUCCACACGGAGGGCUCGUGCAUAGUGAUGAAUGGGUUUCCUUGUGUGAGGUUUGAGUUUGCUUAGGUGCGUUCAGUCCCUCAGGCCACGGAGCCUGAUAAGCCUUCUCUCCCAAGCAUGUGCGAAGCGCUGUACUGGGCGAGGGCAAAAAUGCGCAUGCUUAGCAGAAAGGGGGGCCAGUUUCAGGACCGUCUCGCACAUCACCAAGCGAUCUUGGUGCCGACCAUCCCGUUGCAAAGGUUUGUGGAACUGUUCACAGCUGUUGGCAAGAGGAAGGACCAGUCUUGGGCAGGGAAGGAGCGCGAGCGGAAAUGCGCCGCCUUUGUCAAAACACUGGGAUGCUCCGAACGCGUUGCAAUCCACAUCCCCUUGGAAAGGGUCAGCUUGAGAGACUUUAGCUGGAUCAGUUUCCGCUCGCCCUUCAGGUCUCCAUCUCCCGAGCUGCUCUCUGUCCUCCCACCUCCGUCCGCACCCGACCUGAGAUGUUCUCCCGGAAGAAGGUUCCCAAGCCCUGGCCAGCCUGCCCUAAUGUGCUGACCCCGGACAGGAUCCCUGCUUUCUUCAUCCCACCCAACCUGACUACCUCGCAGGGCCAGCGCACGUGGAGGAGCGAGGGCCUCGAGGGCCCCCAGGCCCCGGCACAGCUCUCCAAGGAGCCCCCGGCCCGAGGGGGCAGCUCGGAGCCAGAGAAAGGCCGGCCGGGCGGGAGGCUCCAAAGCGCUGCCUCCAUGCCGCAGCUCUCCAGCCCGAUGAACUUCGCCUUCCUGCCCGAGAGCCCGCACACGCGCCGGCGCGAGUCGCUCUUCCACGAGGGGCGCCCGCCGCACCAGUUCUGCAGCGCCCGCUGCUCCUCCUCGCCGCCCGCGCGGCCCCUGUCCCAGCCCGUGUUCCCCCUGGACAGCGACACGGCCUCCUCCACCGAGACCUCGCCCCACGGCUCCCCGCUGCUGACGCGCUCCCCCUACCUGCCUUGCCAGGCCUACGGGCACCACCGACGGAAGUUCCUCUGCCGCGCCACCCACUUCAGCGCCGGCCACCGGCCCAGCUCCUUAUCCGCGGAGGAGACCAGCUCCACGGACACGAGCCCCAGCUUCCCGCGGCGGGAGCCGGAGCCGCAGCCGCCCUGGCCCUCCGCCACCGCCCGGGGCCCCGUGCCGCACUUCCCCCUGGAGCUGAUCUGCUGCCGCGAGCGGCUCACCAAGGAGGUGACGCUGACGGUGAGCCAUGGAGGGCGCCUGAGGCUCUCCAGCGAGUACCUGGAGGCGCAGGGCUGCCUCCGCGUCAGGCUGAUCAGCGCCGAGGCCUUCUACCCGCCCCACUGCGACCCACGCCACAUCCACUGCUGCGUCUCGCUGCAGCUGCGCCCGGGGACGGGGACGGGGCCGAGGCAGCGCAGCGCCGUGGUCAAGAGGAGCCGCGACCCCAUCUUCAACGAGGACUUCUUCUUCGAGGGCGUCUCCCUGCAGGAGCUGUCCCGGCGCUGCCUGCGGCUCAAGGUGUUCAACAAGGGCUCUGGCAUGCGGCGGGACGUGGUCCUGGGCAAGUGCGACGUCCCGCUCGAUUCUCUCCUGCCCUGAGCGGGGUCCCCGCACACUCCCGCCUGCCAGCAGGACACUCCCCACGGUAACAGGGGAUGGCCCUUUCUAAGAGAAAGGCAGAAAGAACCAGCCUUGCGGGAGCCUAAGUAUACCUAAGGCUCAGCCACAAAUGGCUGCUUGUUGGAGCAGUUGGGGUGGGGGGGGCAUUUUGGGGGCUGUCCAUGGUCCUGCCCUGUGCCUGCCGUCCUGGGACACCCGGCAGGCCCCAAAUCUCAUAAGGACCCAGCUUCUGGUAGAGCCGAACCAUCGCCUUGGCACAGGCAGACCAGAGGGUUUCUCCUGCGAAAUAGACCCAGCUGCUGCUCUUCCAGGGAAGGGUCUCCGGGGGCAUCUGAGCCUGCGUUCUCUGCAGUACCAUGACUGGCCAGCAGGAGGAACUGCCGGGCUGCACCUGGACACUGCAGGUACCGAAGGCUGGAAGAGGCCAUGGCAGCUUGUCCUGCUCCAGCAUGGCCAGAUCCACCUUUGGUAGGAGCCAGGUGCUCUGGGAGCUUCCCCAGCUCUGCACAAUUAACAUUCGCACCCAGGGCAGCGCCUGUCGCUCCUGCUAGCACGAUUUUGUAAAACGACAAUCAACAAGGGCAGCCUUCCCCUACACCCACCAAAAAGAAAGCCACGACACAGCAGACACACAAUACGGAGUGACGGGAGAACCAAAGGUGGAAAGAGCGAGGAAGUUCGUUUUGGCUUGGCACAAGGAGCGAUGUCCAGACGGCACAAGCCGUUUGCAAACAGGCACGGAAGCUGGGGGGCCCUCCGGCCGCAGACAACAGUGGCUGCUGAAGUUCCCUCAGCAGCUGCCAACACGGCCAGGGGUCCAGGAAAGCCUGGACGAUGGCAGGUUGUCCACCCUUGCUGGCGCCGUGUCACACAGCCUGAAAGUGAGUGGAGGGUUAUCCUAGACAAUCGCCCAGAGUGUGGUUGUGGGGUCAGUCCAGCAAGUCAUUAAGGCCAGCGUUCUGUUGAAACACGGGGAGCCCAAAAGCAGGACACAGAUGCAACAGCACCCUCUCGCCCAUGUUCCCCAGCAACUGUGCCCUGCCUCUGAGACUGGUGUUGGCACAUGGCCCUCUGGAUCAGUAGCCAUGGAUCGCUUUCUCCUCCAUGGAUGCAGCCUUGCCUUUUCGAAGUCACCUGAAUCGGUGGACAUCAGGACGUCCUGGGGAAGCGAGUUCCAGCCGUGUGGUAUGGAAAGGGCCUUCCUGCGAUCUGUCUGGAAUCUCCCGCCGAUGCCCUGCCUGGGAUUUGCCCCUGGAUCUCUCUGCCGGGCAUCUUUCCAUGCACCUCCGGCAGCCCCCUUCAACCUCUGGAAUUCCUUUGUGGAGGGUUUUUGUGCCACUGUCUCGAGCGCCUCAUUCCCGUUACGGCUGUUAUGUACCUGGGCUGGUUCACAGCCAAACAUGGAAAAUGUCGUCAAUAUUAAAUUAUGCUGGUGAAUCGGUA